AUGGCAGAAGGCCAAGAAGCAAAGGAAGAUGAGGCUCUUCAAACACUUAAGCUGACAUCGCAAGAAUUUCUCGCUAUCGGGCUGGAUAUUACGGUCGGCAAGGAUAAAUGGAUCCACUUCAAAGCAGAGAGAUCGGAAGAUCGAUUUAGAUCCGCUUAUGGGGCUGCCACGUUGACUGCUUCGGAAAUGUGGAAUGAUUUGGUUGACAAGGGAGAGAUAAAGAAGAAUACAAAGCCAAUGUACCUUCUUCUUGCCCUUCGCUAUCUCAGGAGCCAUGAUACGCAAGACGAUCUGAUGAUCUUCUUCAAGAUUGGGAGCAAAAACACCAUUUCAAGGUGGUGUCAUGCGUUCGUUAGAAAGGUUCAGCUGCUACUGAAAGAUAAGAUGCUUAGCUUUGAAGAGGCCGAUGAUGGAAUGAUCUUCUUCAUGACAGUUGAUGGAACACAUUGUCGAAUUGAAGAACCUCGCCCUUUCUCAAAAGAGUGGUCAAGUCACAAGUUCGGAGGCAAGGCAGCUUUGAACUACGAAGUUGGCUUAAGCAUUCACAAAGAGAGACUUUGUUGGCUGUAUGGUCCUACCAAACCAGGAAAGCACAAUGAUCUUGAAGUUGCUCGUAUGAGUCUUUUCCCAACGCUGCGUGCAUACAACCAACAACACAACAAAGACCCGUGCUUGAGAAUCGUUGCAGAUGGCAUUUACGCUGUCCAAGCUGAACAAGACAUUGUAUCAACUGAGAACGAGUUUGAUCCUCCUGAUCUGGCUAAGUUUAAAGAGCGAGCGUUGUCGCGGCAGGAAGAAUUCAACAAUUUGCUCAAGAAGUUCAAGGUGCUGGACACAAGGUUCCGAUAUGAGCAAGGGUCCGACUUUCUAGCUGAACACAAGACUUGCUUUGAAGCUGUCGCAGCUGUCGUUUGCUACUCUCUAGACAACAACACAAGCAACCUUUUCGAAGUCUACGAGUAG